ACCAGCAGGUGGGUGCAGAUUCACCUGCCUGAGAGACAGAAAGCGAGAGGAUGACCUAGACUGGCAAGUUCUCAUCCUCUUCUGCUCCGCCAUGUCUACAGGAGUUUCUGUUGGCUCUGUGGCUGCCGAUCUUUCUUGGGAGGUGAGAGCCAACGAUCGGCUUUUCCACAGAAAACAGCAGAGAAGAUCCUGCCUUUGUCUCCACAGAGGCAGAUAUUCUGACAAUGUAAUCCGCAGUUAUAAAUAUUCCGCCCUGACCUUCCUGCCUCUCUCACUGUUUGAGCAGUUCCAGCGCAUUGCCAACAUUUACUUCCUGUGUAUUGUGGUUUUACAGAGCAUCCCUGCCAUCUCCACCCUGCCCUGGUACACCACCAUGAUCCCUCUGCUGACUGUGCUGUCUGUGCGAGGCUUCAAAGACCUGGCCGACGACUUGGCCCGCCGACGCAGUGACUCUCAAAUCAACAGGCAACCAUGUGACCUGUUAACCAAUGAGGGCUUCACUUCAGUUCAGUGGAAGGAUGUGUGUGUGGGAGAUGUUCUGAGGCUCCACAAAGACCAGACCGUGCCGGCUGACCUCCUCCUCCUGAGCACAACCGAGCCCCACAGCCUGUGCUACAUAGAGACGUCCGACAUCGACGGGGAGACCAAUCUCAAGAUCCGACAGGCACUGGCCGUGACCCACCAAGAGUUAAGCUCGGAUCCUAUAGAGCCCAGUCUGCUAGCUUUUGAUGGCCGUGUCUGGUGCGAAGAGCCUAACAGCCACCUGCACUCUUUCAAGGGAGUGCUGGAAUGGAGAGACAUGCGCCACCUGCUGGACACUGGGCAUAUAUUACUGCGAGGGACUGUGCUUCGCAACACCAGAGUUGCCUAUGGCUUGACCAUAUACACUGGUUUAGACAGUAAAAUCCUUCAGAACUGUGGUCAGACUGCAGUGAAAACCACACAGGUGGAGAGGACCCUGAACAAGGUCGUGGUUGGGAUCGUGCUGUUGGUGCUGCUGGUUGCUCUGCUCCUGUCUGUGGGUGCUGGAAUAUUUGAGGACCGUGUUGCCCCCAGCAUUGAGGUGCUAGCUGAGCUGGGGGGGCGCUACACCCCUAUCUACAAAGUUUUCCUCACAUUCUGGGGCUACAUCAUCCUGCUGAGUCCCUCCAUGCCCAUGUCCCUGUACAUCACGUUUGAGCUAGUCCACGUGAUCCACAGCUUGUUUAUCGGCUGGGAUCUGGACCUGUAUGACGGGGGAGUCGACGUGCCGGCCCACGCUCGGAGCACGACGCUCAACGAGGAGCUGGGUCAGGUGCGAUACCUCCUUAGCGACAAGACGGGGACCCUCACCGAGAACCGGCUCAUCUUCCGUCAGUGCUGCAUCGCCGGCAUCCUCUACGGAAACAUGCCAGAUAAGGCAAAGAAACAUGACACCCUGGACCUGAGCUGGAACCCCUUUUCAUGUGGGGGGCUGCAAUUCUCAGACAAGCGGCUGGUGGACACACUGCGAAAACCCGGCUGCCCAGAAGUGCGGGAGUUCUUCAAGGCGCUGGCACUGUGCCACACGGUCAUGGCAGAGUGGAAGGAGGGGGCCCCGGUGUACCAGGCGGCGUCCCCUGACGAGGAGGCCCUGGUGGGGGCCGCCCGUGAGCUGGGAUGGGUGUUUUUGUCGAGGACACGCGACUCCAUGACGCUGAGUGAGCUGGGACACAGGCGACAGUACGAGCUCCUGGCACUACUCGACUUCACCAGCCAGAGGCGCCGUAUGUCUGUGCUUGUGCGAGACCCUGAGGGGGAGCUGAAAUUGUACUGUAAGGGCGCUGACAUUGUCAUCCUUGAGAGGCUGAGGAAGGACACUACGCACUGCGAGAGCACAGAAAAAGCACUGGAAGUCUUCUCGCAGGGCUGUCUGAGGACGCUGUGCGUGGCGGUGCGCUCCGUGCAGGAGGGAUUAUGGGAAGAGUGGAGCCGUGCCCUGGAACAGGCUGCCAUGACGACGGGCGCGUCGGACGACCUGUAUGACAACAUGGAAAGAGAGUUAACUCUGUUGGGGGUCACUGCCAUCGAGGACCAGCUGCAGGUGGGGGUCCCAGAGACCAUCGCCACUCUCCGGCAGGCUGGCAUCAAGGUGUGGGUGCUGACGGGUGACAAGAAAGAAACCGCGGUGAACAUCGGCUUUGCCUGCAGGCUGCUGGACCCGGACACCCGACUAUUACAAGGAGAGGAGCUGAGACAGCUGCUGCAGACCCCCAGCCCGGAAAUACCCCUCAACGGUGGCCAAGGGAAGGGCAAAGGAGCCGAGGACAGGACAAGCGCGAUGGUCAUCACUGGGCCAGAACUGGUGGAGUUUGAGGAGCAACCGGAGUUGGGCAAGCGCUUCAUCGCCCUCUCCAGGCAGUGCCAGGCGGUGCUCUGUUGUCGGACGACGCCAAGCCAGAAGGCGGGAGUGGUCCAGCUCAUCAGGAAGUACACCUCGUCCGUCACCAUGGCAAUCGGAGAUGGCGCCAACGACGUAAACAUGAUUAAGACGGCUCAUAUUGGCGUGGGUCUGAAUGGACUGGAGGGCGGUCAGGCGGUACAGAAUGCUGACUUCUCAUUGGCCAAGUUUCACUUUCUGCGCAAGCUGCUGCUCGUCCACGGACGCUGGUCUUACCGUCGCAUCAGUGUCUUCCUGCGCUACUUCCUGUAUAAGACCAGCUCCUUCGCCUUCGUGCACAUCUGGUUCGCGUUUUGUAACGGCUUCAGUGGGCAGCCUAUGUAUGAGAGCUGGUUCAUCACACUCUACACCAUCCUGUACACAUCCUUCCCUGUGCAGUGCCUCGCUGUGUUUGAGCAGGAUGUGAGCGCGGAGGGCAGCCUCCGUUGGCCGUCACUGUACCAGGUGGGGGUCAGGCGGCAGCUCUUCAACCCCCGACUGCUGGCUGCGACCUUCCUCUAUUCCAUCUACACCUCGCUGGUCCUCUUCUUCAUCCCCCUCAGUGUCUUCCGCUUCUCGGCCAUCGACUUUCAGACGUUUUCCGUCACCGUGGCCACAGCGUCCGUGUUCACCAGCACGACUGAGCUCAUCCUCCAGACUGGCUACUGGACCAUGUUCAGCGCGGCAGCAGUAGUUUUCAGCAUGUCAGUGUAUUUCCUGGCGACACUGAUCCUCCACAGCCCUUUGCUCCAUAAGGUCGCACCGGCCGACUUUUACUUCUUAGGGGCUUUUCAGGACGCCUUUGCCAACCCCUUGGUGUGGCUGACGGUGCUGCUGACCACCUGCACAGCAGUGCUGCCCUCCCUGACCGCCCGCGCUCUGGUCCUGGUCCUGAAUCCUCCCGACACACAUCGAGUGCACAGCUCAGACGGCGCCGUCCAGACGGAGCGACACCUGGAGCUGCGCUCAGCCUUCAGAAGGGGCCACGUACACCGGCGCUCUUCUUACGCCGUGUCCCAGGGCCCGGGUUUCGGCUGGCUCAUCACCUCUGGCGUCGCCCUUGACAAAACCCCCACGGCCCAGAAUGACAGGGUGGAUAUCAACAAGAUCAAGAUGGACUUUGCCCCCAAGAUGCAAACGGAUGUUCCUCAGGCCGACCACAGCCAAGAGAGUGCAGGAUGUGGUCAGACGGAGUUGACAGCAUAUGCAGUCAGUCUUUGAGUGGAUCUGUCUACAGCCCGAUGUCAUUCGGAGUUAAUUACUCUGAAUUUUACUCUGGUGUUGCGCUGCUAUCUGUGCCAGCUGUCAUACAGGUUUCAUCCAUCCAUCUUUAUACCUGCUUGUCCUAUGCGGGAUCGAGGGGGUCCAGAGCUUAUCACAGAAGCUAUGGGCAUAAUGCAGGGAAUAACCCAGGACGGGGCACCAACCAUCUCAAGGCAUGCGCACACACACCAUGCACACACACACACACCAUGCACACACACACACACCAUGCACACACACACACACCAUGCACACACACACACACCAUGCACACACACACACACCAUGCACACACACACACCAUGCACACACACACACACCAUGCACACACACACACCAUGCACACACACACACCAUGCGCACACACACACCAUGCACACACACUUUUUGAUACACAAAUAUUCCUUUGAUAAACAUUAAAGGAAACCCCCCCCACCCCAAUCUAAUUGUGAUUCCCCACCUAGGGUAAAAAUAUUAAAGGAUCCCCUCGCCCCCACCCUUCCCUAGCCCGUCCUUAGUUCUUAGUAAACACUUAACCUCGAGUUCUCGAAAGAAUCUUUACAUUAUUAUUUUUCUGACCGGUGUCAAAGGUGUAAAUGUAAAGAAAAUAUUUUUAACAUAUGACCAAAGUGUGUUUGAAAUAAUUCAUAAUAGUUUUAUUUUUAGAUAGGGUCAGAUAAAAAUAUUCGUUCUUGAUUUACUUUUCUUUAUUCUGUUAUUUCCAGUAUUUAGAUUAGCCUGUAAAACCUGAUUACAGUGAAAAUUACCAUGGCAACCACUACAUUAUUUUUUGCUUCUUUUUACUGUUAAAAUGCUGCCCUGAAAGCCCACUUAUUUUUCAAUGUCAAUUCAUUCCUCAGAAUUGUGUGUUUACGGGUCGUGCAACUCGUCUAUCCUUUCUCAAAGAAACCAAGCUCCCGUGAGUCAUUUUUCAAUCAUUUUAUUUGAUUUUUUCAAAACACGCAAUUUACCCAUAUUAUCCAUUUUAGUUUUAAUGUU